AGGUACUGCUUGGCUAUGACGCCAGGGUUCGCUGUGGGGCCGCGGUCCGUUUGUUCGGCCUUGCCGCCAGCUGGUGCCGCCAGGGUUCGCUGUGGGGCCGCGGUCCGUUUGUUCGGCCUUGCCGCCAGCUGGUGCCGCCAGGGUUCGCUGUGGGGCCGCGGUGCGGAGCGUUGCGCGGCGAGGUCGGUGCUGCCUGCGAUGGCGCGGAGAGUGAUCUAUCCGCUAUAUCAAUAUGGAAACCCUCAACUCAGGAUAUUUCGAACCAACUUUUUUAUGACCCUUGUGAGACCUGGGAAGGAGCAACCAGAGAAUACAGUUCAGUUUAGGAUUCCCAUGGAAAUGACAAAACCUGAUGUGAAAAAUUAUCUACAAGGCAUCUACAAUGUCCCAGUGGCUGCAGUAAGGACCAGAAUACAAUUUUGUACUAGCAAGAAGCGAAAUCAUAAGAAUCAGAGAGUGAAACGGCCUGAUUAUAAAGUUGCCUACGUUCAGUUAGCUGGAGGUCAGACUUUCAAUUUUCCAGACAUUUUUCCUCGGAAGGAUCAAACUCCCGAACCAGGAUCUCUGGAAGAAAUCCAAAAUAAGUUUUUGGAAGAUGAGAAACAGAAGCAGAAAGCAGAUCCUCGACGAGGUGGAGUCACUGAAUGGUUUGGACUUUAAGAGAAACAGCCCUUUGAAAAUUCUACUUACAUUUUUCUUAGAAGAGAUAUAUUAUUUUUCAGAUGCUGUUCAUCAUGAAGGGUAACUCCCGUGGACAUUAACCAUUUCAGUUAAUAUUGCUUAACAAACUCUAAAGUAAUUGGUCUUGAUUCUUAUACUGCUGUGGUGUUGAACUCUGUUGUGGGCUUUGAACGAGUGAUUUCUGUUAUUGAAAAUUUGGCUCAAGAUACAUUCAUUGAGCACAGUUUAUCUGUGAAUGGGAGUAUGUAAGGAGGUAUAUGGGCACUAGCAGUCUGGGCUGAUUUGUUAAGGGGAGAGUUUGAUGUUUGGUGGGGUUGCGUGGAAGAGAAAUGAGAUUACUCUAAGAUGAGCUGCAUUAUAAAAAAAAUCGUGCUUGCCAAGGAAAUUAUUGGCUAACUUUGUACACUAUAUAUUUUGAGGGAAAAGCAAGUUGUAAAUUUUAUCUGUACAUUCUUGUUUUAGCAGCUGCCUUAAGUAUUGAAUAAAGAUUGAAAGCAAAAAUGCAUGAACACGUUUAUACUAAAUCCCAGUAUGAGUUGUCAUAAUAGGCACAUUUGAUGGUGUUCCAAUUCCUUGGUAGUGCUGGAUAUGCACACCGUUGUGCUUUUUGAUACGGCUUUUAUUUCCACUUGAAAGGCAAAUACCCUGUCCCGUGAACCUCACUGCUGAACAGUGUGACAAGGCAAGUGCUCCCUUCCUCAAUGGUCCAUGCUAUUUCAGAUGUUCUCACCAAAGCUGUGGUACUUGGGGAAUGAAAUACAAUGAGCACUUUAUCUUCCUAUGGAAUAUUUGAAACAUAUUUAUCUGAUGAGUUAAAAUUGCUUUUAUGAACCUAUUGCAAGAUACUCCUGAUGUCAAGGCCAUUAAUGGUGGAGUGAUUUUAUACAGGAUAAUCUGCAGGUCGGAACUGGCGAAGCAUCAAAAUCUGUCAGGGUUACAGAGCUGGAGCCAUCACAGGGACAAAUCAGGCACAUUGGAGGAUUGGAAAACAAGGAUAAGAAUUUUAAAGUCACACUUAACAACAUCCUUUCUUUCAAUAAAUCUGCAGGUCUCAUCACAAUUGUGGAGGCAAAGGAUAAUCAGCAUUUCAGGGUCUCGUGUAUUUAAUAGAAUAGAUGCUGUCUGACUCGCUAAGUUCCUCCAACAACUUGUUUCUGGUGCAGACUCUUGUGUCUCCUUUCUUCUUGUCUUUGUUCAAUUUACUCUUGAUCAGAUACUAAAAAAAAAUUGAGGAACCUCUGCUCUCAGGACUAAUAAGUGGGUAACAGGAGCAUCAUUGCAUUAACCCAUUUGAUUGCUAGCGUAAGCAAGCAUACUUCUAAAUAAGUAGAAGGCAACUGUGCAGGACAAAAGAUUGUCUUUAUUGGUCAAGGCAAAGAUUGCAAGCACAGGGUAGUUAUUUUAGAUCAGUGAUUCCCAAUGGGGGCAGAUACAUGUUCUGAGGGGGCAUUAGGGGCAGUAGAGGUCAUCAGGGGACGGUAAGCAGCACCCUAACUAAAGGCACGAGACCUGACCGACCGUUAGUAGAGCAGACACUUCCAAAUAAAAAAGUGUGAGGCACUGAAAUGCAGGAAGAACCAAAGCUUUGCAAGUGAUGAGCACUCAUUGUCACAAUAUGUCUGAAACUCGGUAAUCUCAUCCGACCUUACCAACAGACAUUAUUGGGGAUGCAUAAGUUAGCCACCCAGGGUGCCCACCAGUUCCCCUUGACUUGUGGCACGGAACGAGUUCAUGCAAUUUAACAUUUGGUAAGUCAAGAACACCUUAACUUUCCCUACAGAUCUAUGGAAAACAGGUCGUGCAACAAAUCAGCACUGUCUGGAACCAAAGAGUGAAAUAGAGCCAAUCAGUGAUCCUGCCGACCCUGAGGAUUCCUCUUGAGAUGUUCAAAGUGACCUUCAUAUGUGCGAUCAAGAACUGUCUUUGGGGAUGAUGAGACCUUACGUGAUUGGUCAAUCGUUCUAAAUGGAAUAGUAUAAAGGUAGCUUGCCGAACACCAAUUCUAUCCUGACUAACAUUCAGAUUCCGAUCUGAAUCCUUGUUGACGUAAUUUUUGCUGUUGUGAUCGUCUUCAUCUUUGCCUCACCGUUCCUUUGCAUGCAGCUGCCAUAGUUCCAUCCAUGUAACUUGCUGCUGUUGUCAACAUCUGAUAGGCAUUCCCUGUUUGUGCUAACUUUUUAUUUUAACUUAGCCCUGUUAAUGAUGGAUAAAUACUUAAUGGUACAGCCUCUAUGAGUCUGAAGGUGGUGGAGCUUUGAAUUCUAAUCCUGCUAAGAAACAAACAACAAAAUGUUGAUAACCUGGAGUUUGGUUUUAUUCCAUUCCUAUCAGAGCUGUAACGCCCCAUGUGUCUUAUUUGCAGUCCUGCACUGUCUAAUGAAGAUAUGAAACUAUUGAGAUUGCAGGAAUAUUUUCGCAAAAGACACCCUGAAAAGGCUACAUAGGGUAUUACAGAGUUCCAGAAGAUGAAAGAGUAUCUGAAAAAUGUUGCACACUCGAGUCAUUUGCCAAAAAAGCUAAAAGUGACCUUGAUAGUGGUCUCAUUGCUUCUUAUAACAUUUCCAAGUUUAUAACAAGGUAUGGGAAAUCUCAUUCAGUUGGUGAAAGAUUAAUAAUGCCUGCUGUAUCAGAUGUGUCCACUACUGUUUUCAAAAUGGAUGCCAGGUAAAGGUCCUGCCAAAGGGUUUCGGCCUGAAACGUCAACUGUACCUUUUUUGUAGAUGCUGCCUGACCUGCUGAGUUCCAUCGAGCUCAAGGAUCAUAUUGAUAUUGAAGCUGCUGUACAGUGCACAGGUACAAAGUAAGGUAGGUUUAAAGAUGAAUAAAAAUUUAAAACAAUCAUUUUUCUCAUGUUAGCAUAUGGUAGACAUGUUUUUGCACUCUUAGGAGCACUGGCAAGUAUGAAGGUGCUUUGGGGGGAGUUGGGCUAAAAAAGGUUGGGAAGCACUGAGAUUUAUGUGAAAUACUGUUUAGACUGCUAUUAAAGUAUUGUGCAAAAUACUGGUUACCACAUUACAAGGUAGAUGUAGCAGAAUUAUAGGUGCAGAGGAGAUACACAAGAGCUCAGGCUAGACAUUUAUAGUUGCAAGGGGAAUGGAGCUAGGAUUGUUUUCUAUGGAACAAGUACUAGGGGAAAAAUUAUUGAGAUGCUAAAAAUAUAUGUGGCUUCGAUGGGAUAAACCGAAAUGGCGGCUUAGCUAAGGGGGCAAUGUGGGCUAUACAGUGGCUGCCAGCAGAAUUACUGCCUGUCAGCCAGUAACUCAGGUUCAGUCUAUUUCUGUUGCUCUACGUGUGGAGUUUGCAUGUUCUCCCCGGGAUUAUGAACUCUUCCCAAACUGUACCCAUUCCCUGGGUGAAUGGUACAGUUGAUAAGAACUUGAAAAUAAAAAUUCAACAUAACUUUAUUAUCAAAGUACAUAUAUGUCACCAUAUACAACCCUGAGGUUCAUUUUCUUGUGAGCAUUCACAGUAAAUACAUGAAAGACCUCACCCAACAGGAUGGACAACCAAAGUGCAAAAGUUGACAAACUCACCAAAGAUAAAACAAAACAAAGAAAUAAUAAUAAUAUUAAAUAAGCAAUAAAUAUUGAGAUCAUGAGAUUAAGAGUCCUUGAAAAUGAGUCCAUGGCUUGUGAGAACAGUUCAGUGAUGGGGUGAGUGAAGUUAUCCCAUCUGGUUCAAGAGUCUGAUGGUUGAGGGGUAAUACUGUAACUGGUCCUAAACCUGAUGGUGUGAGUCCUGAGGCUCUUGGACCUCCUUUCUGCUGGCAGCAGCAAAAAGAGAGCAUGGCCUGGAGAGUGGGGUCUUGAUGAUGGAUGCUGCUUUACUGUGACAGCCUUCUACGUAGCUGUGCUCAGAGGUGAGGGCUUGAACUGUGAUGGAACCGGCUAUAUCCAUUACUUUUUGCAGACUUUUCCCUUCAAGGGUAUUGCUAUUUCCAUACCACGUCGUGACGUAGCCAAUUGAUAUAACCUCGACCACAUGUUUUCAGAGGUUUAUCAAAGUUUUUGAUAACAUGCUGGAUCUUUGCAAACUUAUUAGAAAGUAGAGGCGUUGCUGUGCUUUCUUUGUAGUGACACUGGUGUGCUGGACCCAGGAUAGAUCCUUUGAAAUGAUAAUAUUUAGGAAUUUAAAGUUGCUGACUGAUGUUUCCUCAAAUUAGUAAUGACCAGUGUGUGCAAAAAUAUUGUGUUGUGCAAUUUUUUUGCCCAGUGAUGACAACGUGCGCACUGUAUUUUAUAUAUGAGCUAUUCAUUUUAACAGCUAGCAAAAUGCUGUCAAUAAAGAACUUUGACCUCC